GUUAAACGAAACGGGUGGUUUUAAACAAGGGACACAAAUAGCAGAGAAAUCGCGCAAAACGCAGCCAUGGCAUCUUUGGGGUUGCAGAUGUUAGGAAUUGCGCUCGCGUUUGUCGGGUGCUUAGGGGACAUCAUAACCUGCAUCAUUCCUAUGUGGAGAGUUACAGCUUUCAUCGGCAACAACAUCGUUACGGCGCAGGCCACUUGCGAGGGACUGUGGAUGGUCUGUGUGGUACAGAGCACGGGACAGAUGCAGUGCAAAGUGUACGAUUCAAUGCUCGCGCUGUCCCCUGACUUGCAAGCCGCGCGCGCUCUGGUCGUCAUCUCGAUCUUGCUCUCUCUCUUUGGCAUCCUCUUGGCCAUCGUGGGUGGCAAAUGCACCACUUGUAUCGAGAACAAAACCGCGAAGGCAAGAGUUGUGGUAUCUGCGGGGGUGUUUUUCAUUAUAAGUAGUCUGCUGUGUCUCACACCUGUCUGCUGGUCAGCACAUACCAUCAUCCGAGACUUCUACAACCCGCUCUUUCCAGAUGCGCAGAGACGGGAGCUCGGGGCCGGAGACAUGGCUGCCUUUGGUUUGGAGAUAGUGGGAGUCACUCUCUCAGUUCUUGGCUGGAUUCUCGGCAUUGUGUGCUGUGCCAUGCCCAUGUGGAGGGUUACCGCGUUCAUCGGCGCCAAUAUUGUCACAUCGCAGGUGUACUGGGAGGGAAUCUGGAUGAGCUGUGUGGUCCAGAGUACGGGACAGAUGCAGUGUAAAGUGUACGACUCCAUGCUGGCUCUUCCGAUGGACCUACAGGCAGCUCGCGCCCUGGUGGUGGUGUCCAUCAUCUUAGGUGUCCUAGCGCUACUUGUUGCUAUAGUGGGGGCCAAGUGCACCAACUGCAUUGCAGAUGAAGCGACCAAAGCUCGUGUGAUGAUCAGCUCUGGUGCUGCUUUCAUAACUGCUGGAGUCAUGCUGCUCAUUCCAGUGUCCUGGUCAGCACACACUGUUAUUUUGGAGUUCUAUAGCCCAGUUGUACCAGAAGCUCAGAAGAUGGAAAUAGGAGCAUCGCUGUACCUGGGCUGGGCUGCUGCGGCUCUGUUUCUGGUCGGGGGAUCCAUCCUGUGCUGCAGUUGCCCACCUCAAGAGAUGCCAAAGUACCUACCCCAAAGUCGUAUUGGCUACUCACCUUACCACUCAGUGGCUACAAGCACAUACAACAAGAGAGACUAUGUCUGAGUGCAUCACAGAACAUUUGAGUCUUUCAUAGAAGUAAAUUGUGACCAUGUGGGUCGGAGGUAACCAUAACUGAAAAUGUAGUUUACUUUUUGUCUGUGAAUAUGUCUACAUAUUUUUGCAUAAGGUAUAUUUUUGCUUUGUAUGUUUUUUUUUUUUUUUUUUUGCUUUUUGUUUUUUUGCCAAUAAGUGCCUAUUGUCACUCCACACUUUGUUAAACAUAUUUUGGAUCCAGGUGCAUGAAUAUUGAGAUACAGUUAAGAUUGUAUGUUUUAAAUCAAUUUGUUAGGUGAUUUAAAGGAAAAUGUGGGGACAAAGCAGUGAAAGUAAGACUGAGAUUGAUUUUUUUUUCCUUUUCUUUAUUUGGCAUGUACGUUCUCGUUCUCUGUUGUCUAGUGCUAUAAUGUGUGUUGAAACUAGCUGUAUAUUUAGUUUAGCCACACAUUAGCCUCCAAUUUCAUAAUAAUUAAACAAAUUUGAGUCUGUUUAAUUUAUGACUUUGAACAGACCUCAGAUAAGAUGAUCUUGUUUAAACAAAUGCUUCCUCUUACAUUUAGCUACAGUAAGUAACUAGGCUGUUUUUGUUUUUAGACUUCCUGUUUUUAGAAUCAUGACAACAUAUGCUAUAGAGGAAAAGCACCAACCUACCUUUUAAAUGCAAAUGUAGUUGAUCAUUUUAAUACUGGUCCAAUACCUAAUCAUCUCUUAGAUAUGAUAGGUUAUAUUGUACACUUUGUCUUGCUGUAGGAUAGUGUUUGGACUGAGGAAUGUUAAAGGGAUAGUUCACCCAAAAAUGAAAAUUCUCUCAUCAUUUACUCCUCCUCAUGCCAUCCUAGAUGUGCAUGACUUUCAUUCUUCUGCUGUACACAAACAAAGAUUUUUAGAAGAAUAUCUCAGCUCUGUAGGUCCUCACAAUGCAAGUGAAUGGUGACCAGAACUUUGAAGCUCCAAAAAUGACAUGGAGGCAUGAAAGUAAACCAUAAGACUCCAGUGGCUAAAUCCAUAUCUACUGAAGCAAUAUGAUAAGUGUGGGUGAGAAACAGAUAAUUAUUUAAGUCCUUUUUUUUACUAUCAAUCUCCACCUUUGACCAGCCCCAAACAGUAGGUGGCUGUAUGUGAAAGUGUAGAUUUACAGAUAUUGAUCUGUUUCUCACCCAAAUCCCUAUCACCCUAUCAAAUCGAUUCUGAAGACAUGGAUUAAACUACUGGUGUCUUAGACAACUUUUAUACUGCCUUUUGAACCUUCAAAGUUCUGGUCACCAUUCACUUGUAUUGUGAGGACCAAUAUAAUAUAUAUAAUAUUGCAGAAGAAAGAAAGACAUACACAUCUGGGAUGGCAUGAGGAUGAAUAAAUGAUGAGAGAAUUAAAAUUUGUGGGUGAACUAUUCCUUUAAGUGCUGUUGCAUGUGUGCUAUCAAUAUACAAAAUGUACAUGUAGAUGUAUGCAUUUAGCAUUUGUGUGUGCAUAUUUUAUUAGACUGCAUAAACAUUAAAACAGAUUAUGAAAAGGGAAAAUACAUUUGGUUUGCUUUCCACUAUGGAGAGACACAAGCAUGAAAUAAAUUCCAACCCUGGAUAACACAACAGGGUAUAUAGAGAUUAUAUGAGCAGACACCUCCCAAACUUUCAUUAUGGAUUAAAUGUACAUUGUACAGGUGUGUAUUUGCCACUUGCCUUGUUGAUAAUGUAUUUGAAUAAAUAUAUUCAUAU